AGUGGGGAGGAAGGAGAGCGAGAGCGACUGAAAGCCCCCAUUGAGAUCGUUCCUCUUCCCGGCUUCCUCUCUAUGAUCUCCUCUUAAAGCCAUCCCGGGCCGGGCGGGGGCGGGGCUUCUCCCCCUCCUCCCCCGCCUUCCCUCCUCCUCUCUUGGGUCGAACCAAGCAGGAUCCGAACCGGGGGCCGGAGGGGGAGGGAAGAUGGCGCAGGCCUUGUCUGAAGAGGAGUUCGAGCGCAUGCAGGCUCAGCUACUGGAACUUCGGACUCAAAAUUACCAGCUUUCUGAUGAACUCCGCAAAAACACUGCUGAAUUAAAUGGUCUUCGGCAACGGGUGACCUAUUUGGAUAAGGAAUUUACCAAAGCUCAGAAGGCUCUGAAUAAGAGCAAGAAGGCUCAGGAGGUGGAUGCCUUGCUUAGUGAAAAUGAAAUGCUUCAGGGAAAACUGCACAGCCAGGAGGAUGACUUCAGGCUGCAAAACAGCACUCUCAUGCAGGAGCUCUCCAAGCUGUGUGCCCAGAUCGAGCAGUUGGAGAAGGAGAACAAGAGUCUCCGGGAAGGGGGGCCAGCAGCCCCCGAAGGGGCCAGCCCUGCGGAUGGGGAGCUGCUGAGGCUCCAGGCAGAGAAUUCUGCACUGCAGAAGAACAUGGCAGCUUUGCAGGAGCGCUAUGAGAAGGAAGUGGCCCGGCAGGGAGAAGACCGAGGUGGCGGGGAGGGCGACGCCUCCGUGGAGUCUCCUCCUGCCAGCCAGGCGGGUUCGGAGCCGCAGGCAGCUGACAGCACCACCUCCCAGCAGCUGCUGUCCGAGGUGGAGCUGAAGUGGCAGACGGAGCGGGAGGAGAAACGACUCCUGAAGGAGCAGCUGCAGAGCCUCGAGGCAUGCAAGACGGCAGAGAUGUCUCGGUUGCAGCAAGAACUCAGCAAAAUGGCUGAGAAGCUCAAGAAGAAACAGGAGAGCUUUCUGCGGCUUCAGACUGAAAAGGAAGCUCUCUACAAUGACAGCAGGACCAAAAUUGAGGAGAUCCAACAGCGGAAGGAGGAUGAACUCAAAUCCCUGCAGGUUCGCAACCAGAAGCUGCAGCAGGAGCUCCAAACAGCAAACCAGGGCUUCUCAGAUUUAAAGGACCAACUGCAGAGCCGUCGGAAAGAGCAUGAGGUGGCCCUGCAGGCUCUACAGGACCAAGUUGCUUGCCAAAGUGCGGAGAGCCAGGAACAGGUUGAGACCAUUCUGUCUGAGAACGAUGCUCUGAGAACCAAUCUGGCAGCGUUAGAACAGAUACAGACCUCCAAGACCCAAGAGAUGAAUCAGAUGCGAGAUCAGGUGGCGGCACUGGGGGCUGAGCUGCAGCAGCGGCAGAGCGAGAAGGAGGUGCUGGCGGCCCAGCGGGAGGACCUCAACACUCAGCUGCAGGAGUCUCUCCGGGCCAACACUCGUCUCCUGGAGCAGCUACAAGAAAUAGGACAGGAGAAGGAGAGAUUGUUACAAGACCUUGAUGAAACCAGGAAGACGGCAGAGAAGCGCAAGGCCAUGCUAGACGAGAUGGCCAUUGAGACCCUGCAGGAGAAGGGGCGCCACAAGGAAGAGCUUGGCAAUCUCCGUCUGCAGCACGAGAAAGAGGUGCUCGCUGUGCGGGCGCUCUAUGAGCGGGAGCUGCGGGAGCUGCAUGAGCACAAGAAACGGCAGGAGGAUGAGCUGCGCGGCCAGCUGAAGGAGGAGAAGGCGCGCAGCCAGGAACUGGAGUCCAUGCAGCAAACCGUGGAAGAGCUGCGCCUCCAAAUACAAUCCAUGGAUGGCACAAAGGGCUGGUUUGAACGGCGGCUGAAAGAGGCGGAGGAGCUGAUAGAAAAGCAUCAGCAAGAGCACGCGGAGGCCAUGCGAGUCUGUAAGGAGCAGCAUGUGGCUGACUUGCAGCUAAAGGACCGUGAGGUGGAAGCAACCAAGGAGAAGCUGCGAGAGAUUGAAAGAGCGAAGGAUGAACACUUGGACACAAUCAGCCGGCUGAAACAGGAAGUGAAGGACACGGUUGACGGGCAGCGGAUCCUGGAGAAGAAAGGCAGCGCAGCGCUGAAAGACCUCAAGAGGCAGCUCCACCUGGAACGGAAGCGAGCGGACAAACUCCAGGAGCGGCUCCAGGAGAUCUUGACCAAUAGCAAGAGCCGGACAGGAAUCGAGGAUCUUGUCUUGGCGGAUAUCAGCUCGCCAAGCAGGGCACAGACGGGAGACAGCAGCAGCAUCUCGUCCUUCAGCUACCGUGAAAUCAUGAAAGAGGGAUCAGGGGCCGGCAGCAACAAGUCCACCACAGGCAGCCCGCAGUCACAGUCGCAACCCCCUCGGCCAGCUGACCUCUCGGAUGAGGAGAUCUCCGAGCUCUUCCAGCGCCUGGCAGAAGUUCAGCAGGAGAAAUGGCUGCUGGAGGAGAAGGUGAAACACCUGGAGGUCAGCAGUGCUUCCAUGGCUGAGGACCUGUGUCGGAAGAGUGCCAUCAUCGAGACGUAUGUCAUGGACAGCCGCAUCGACGUGUCGGGGGCCCACGGGCAAGUUGACCGCAGCAGCUUGAGCAGCGUCUUGCGGGACCUGGUGAAGCCGGGAGAUGAGAAUGUGCGGGAGAUGAACAAGAAGCUUCAGAACAUGCUGGAGGAGCAACUGACCAAAAACAUGCACUUGCAGAAGGAUUUGGAAGUGCUCUCCCAGGAGAUUGUCCGCCUCAGCAAGGAGUGUGUUCCAUCCCCUGACACUGAGCCUGCCCUGGAUGAUGCCGUCUGAGCUCAGUCCCGUCCUGUGAUGCCCCGUCCUUCACUAUGCCCUCGACUGCACUGCUGGCACGGGAGAGGGGGGGUGGUAUUGGCGCCUUCUGCCUCCUUCCCGAUGGGUCAAUUCUCUUAACCUUGUUUUGUUUUAGGGAGGUGUUCAGUCCUCUCCAGCUAGCUGUCUUUCCCCUUUGCCCUUUAACCGCCUCCCAACUCAGGCCUCCCCACUCCCUGCCCUGAAACAGAUUUGUUUCUCCUAAGUAACACACACACUGACUAUCCUCUAUCUGCUUCUCUUUACGGCUGUAAAUGCUGGCCCUUUAAGAAGCACUGGUUGAGGUGGCCUUCCCGCAGCAGCACUCCUUGUGGGCUGGAGGGCAAACUGCAGCUUGGUUCUCAAAAUUGACCCGGGGUGGGGUGGGGU